AUGACAAAGCAAGAGUGGAAAAACAAAGCAGUUGUUACAAAGUUCAUCCUCCUUGGAUUUGGGAAUGACCAUGAACUGGAUUCUCUCCUCUUCCUGGUGUUUCUGGCAAUUUACAUUGUGACCAUAACUGGAAACAUCGUGAUCAUUGUGCUGAUGGCAGCUAAUAGGCACCUUCACACCCGAAUGUACUUCUUUCUGGGCAAUUUGGCCUGCUCGGAAAUCUGCUACAGCUCGAAUAUCUUGACAAGGAUGUUGCUUAGCUCUCUGGGUGGAGACAGAAGUAUUUCAGUCAACGGAUGUUUUACACAAUGCUAUUUCUUUGGUUGCUUGGCAGCUGCUGAGUGCUAUCUCCUCGCAGUGAUGUCCUAUGACAGGUACCUAGCAGCGUACAAGCCCCUGCACUAUCCAUCCCAUAUGAACAGCAAGCUCUGCCUCCAGCUGGGUGUUGCAUCUUGGAUAAGUGGCUUUCUGUCCAAUUCUAUGCAAACAUUCCUGAUCUCAAAGUUAGAUUUCUGUGGGCCUAAUGAAAUUGAACAUUUUUUCUGUGACUCAUUCCCAAUGAUAAAACUCUCCUGCAGUGACACUCACAUGGUAGGACUUGUCACUUCUGUUGUUGCAGGCGUGUGCUCACCGUCUCCAUUUCUGUGGACUUUCUCAUCCUAUCUCUACAUCAUUGUCACGAUCAUGAGAAUUCUUUCUGCCACUGGAAGGAAAAAGGCCUUUUCCACUUGCUCCACACAUCUUAUUGUGGUAAUACUUUUUACCAGUUCAAUAUUAACUGUCUAUGUACUUCCUCAUCACAAUACCCAAAUAUCUCCAAACAAAGUCGUCUCUGGUUUUUUUACCAUUCUAACCCUCUUGGUCAAUCCUCUCAUCUACAAUUUGAUAAACAAAGAAGUAAAGGAGGCUCUGUGA